UUUAAAAAAAAAAUAUAUAUAUACAUAAAAACAUAUAAUAUACUAUAUAUAGUAAUAAAUUGAUGAAUUGGAGAUAAAAAAUGUCAUUAAAUUCAAUUAUAAUUAUAAUUUUAAUUAUUAUAUUAAAUCAUGAUAUAAAUGCAAAAACAAUACCUAGAGAUGCACCAACGGCAAAUAUUAUUGGAAAUAAAUUGUAUAUAUUGGGAGGAGAUGUUAUGAUUUCUGACGGUUCAUAUCAACCAACAAAUGAUUUCUUUUACCUUGAUGUUACAAAUAUACCCUUCAAUAAUACGUUGGGAAGAAUUUCAUGGACUGAUAUUACACAUUUGGGCAAAAUGCCCGCAAAUAGUUGGGCAGCAAGUGCUCUUGGAGGCAAAAAUGAUUCGAUUUUUUUAUUUGGAGGUCAAAUGGAACCUAACGAAGAAAAUGCUCUUGUUUACGUAUUUGAUAUAAAUAAACAAGAAUGGUAUGAACCAAAAAUAAGCGGAAAUCCUCCUUUAAGGAGAAGAAAUUUUGGAGCCGUAAAUGAUAAUUUGGGGAAAAUGUACAUAUUUGGAGGAACGGCUGAUAAAUACACCGGUUAUCCAAAUACAACUGAUUUCAACGAUAUGACAAUUUUAGACACCGUUCAUUUAACUUGGCAUGAAGGCACCAAGGAAGGCGCUCCUAUUCCGAGAACAAGUUAUGCCGUUACAAUACUACCAGAUGGAAAUAUCGUUUACAUUGGAGGAAUUCAAAAAUCCACGGAUGGAACUUAUGAAUACGUAGAUAUGAGUGAAAUUGCUAUUUAUGAUACAAUACACGACAAAUGGUCCACAAUGAUAGCAGAAGGUGAAAUUCCCGGAAUUCGUGGGGAACAUACAGCUGUUUUAACCCCAGAUGGAAGGAUUAUCGUUUAUGGCGGUGAAACAAAACACGUUGCAGCUUUUCCACAACUUUGUGUUUUAAAUACCACAACAAAACCUUUCACCUGGUCAUUACCCGAAUCAUUCAAUCCUAUCCCAGAUCUGUGGUUACACACGGCCACUAUAGUUGGUAAUUAUAUGGUUGUAGCUUUUGGUAAGUUGUCAAGCGAUUAACCACUCACGUGAUAAUUUUAUUAUUCACUUUUUUGCCUUCAUUUCAGGGUUUU